AUGAGUUACGCGGAUAACCGAAGAAAAGAUUUAGAAUUUGCGGUUGGGGAUCUAGUAUUUCUUAAGAUUACACCUCUGAAAACAAGUUUAAUGUCUGGGAAGGGAAAGAAGUUACAACCGAGAUUUGUAGGACCUUACAAGGUUAUCCGACGCGUGGGAAAGGUAGCGUAUAAGUUGGAAUUGCCACCGAGUCUAUCUCGGAUCCAUAAUAUUUUUCACGUGUCCAUGCUUAAGAAGUAUUAUCCAGACCCUUCACAUAUUUUACAACCGAAAAGUAUAGAGAUUGAUGAGACUUUGACCUACGAGGAGAAAUCGGUAAAACUUCUGAAUAGGAAGGUGAAAGAAUUGAGAAAUAAACGGAUACCAUUGGUAAAAGUUCUUUGGAGGAACCACGGACUAGAGGAAGCUACCUGGGAAAUUGAAGAAGCAAUUCGAGGAAAGUAUCCAGACCUGUUCGUGAAUCAAGAUAAAUUUCGAGGAUGA